AAGUAAAUUGUCUUCGAUUUUGUGAACAGAACUUAUGUUUCACUAAGGUUACCAAUUUGAUAAUUCAACACAACUUCCCUGAACAGCAAGCUGUUUCACAUGGACAUUUUGAACUGCUGGAACAUGACUCUUCAAUAUGUCACCAUCAAUGCAACAGGGGAUAGCCUAAACACUGAUGGAAUCCACAUGGGGCGCUUAACCGGGGUUAAUAUUUCGGAUGCAAUCAUCAAAACUGGAGAUGACUCUGUCUCUAUUGGAGAUGGCAGCCAACACAUUAAUGUGGAAAAAGUAACCGGUGGACCUGGACAUGGCAUCAGUGUUGGGAGCCUUGGGAAGUACCACAACGAAGAACCUGUUGUUGGAGUUACUGUGAAGAACUGCACUCUCAUCAACACAAUGAAUGGCAUUAGGGUUAAAACAUGGCCAGAUUCUCCGGCUAGUGUUGCCACUGACUUGCAUUUUGAGGAUAUUAUCAUGAACAACGUUGGCAAUCCUAUUCUUAUCGAUCAAGAAUACUGCCCAUAUGAUCAAUGCCAAGCAAAGCUCGUUUGA